UUCGGGAAAACACCGACAACAAAUCACAACAUUGCACUUUCAAUUCUGCUCCAGAAUGAGUCCAUCUUCCCCGCUCCUUAACACUCGCCAAUUUCGUACUCCUGUCCAGUUAUAGCAGCUGUGGAUAAGGGUGAUAAAUUUGUUAAUUUGAAGGAAUUCGUGAAUCGAACGACGCCAUCAAGGAAAUACUUGGGCACUUGCCCGACGUCUAACUGCAGGUAAUCAGGAAAUUCUUUUGUGUCGCUGGAUCCCUUACAACCUUUAACCGAGGCUCUCGUUCACGAACGCAACCUUCACGAGGAUAUUGGAAGCAGAUGGAAAGAAUUGGCCCGAAAUUUGGGUUUUAAGAGGGUGGUAGUGGAAGCCAUACAGAAUGAAAAUCAAAAAGAAAGUGAACGUUCCUUCCAUCUUUUGGUGCGAUGGAUAGAGAGGGAAGGCCAAGAAGGUGCCACUGCCGGAAAAUUAGCUGAUGCAUUGAAAAAAACCGAACUGAAAAAUCUGGCUGAAAGAUUGAUUGGUCCUUCCAAUGGUAGAAGAACGAUAUUAAUUGAAAUUACUGGGACCUUUGAACUUGAUGAUGGCAACGAGGUUAUGUUGGGUAUUGACUGCUUUGGAAAAACUAUAUAUUUCAUGUGGCCGGAGAGUGAGGGAAAAGAAUUUAAGACAUCUCCUGAGGAACUGAAGAAGUGUGUUGACGCUAGCAGUCACAUUGCUGCUGAAAUUGUUGAAAUUACAGGAGAAGUGGAUGCAUCGGCAGAAAAGGCGAACAAUGGUUUUACCGAAGAGGAGCAAAGAAUUUUCAGCCAUUUGAAAGAUCUCCAAGGAAAGCUGAUGGACAUUGUGAAGAGUUUGGAGAUAUCCGAACUAAAGGAAGAUAAUUUUGCGAGGACCAACAAGCUGGAUUUCAUCGAGAAAAAUAGCCGAACUCUACAGGAGCUGUACACCAAAGUAACCGGAAUGACAAGGGAGGCUUGUUAUUGUAACUAUAUUCUUAGAAGAACUUUCUACGACUUUACCUACCACAGCCUGAGAUCAGUGCAUAAUGAUCUUAGCGCUCGUCUGCAGGACCUAGAGUCGGAAGAAGAUGACAUGUCAGAGGAAGAGAAAAGAAAUCUGAAAAACCUAAUAUCGUACCAAAACGGCAGAAAAAAUCAAAUUAUGCAGCUGGAGAAACUUUGGAUACGGCUUUUCUCUCCGGGAGAUGAGUUGAAGAAGUCUGAAACAUCUCCUUCUCAGAGACAAACUCCGAUACCAUUUCAGAAACCCAGAUCAAGUACAGAAGGGGCCCGGCCUAAAGAGUUUAUAACAAAGGUGCAGUCAAGGAUCCCCUGGAAAAAGAAGAAGACACAAGACAAAGAAUCUUGUGUUCUUAUGUCUUAUCAAGAUAAGAAAUCUGAGGACGAGAAAUAAUUAAUUGGCUGUCGUCGUUAAUCUGAGAUAGGUUUAUUAUCUUGCCUGAAGAGAACACUCCGGAAAUAGAUUUUCACUUGAUAGACUAGUUUUUUUGUGAUUAGUUCUACUUCCCUUGUUAGCUGGUGGAUUUUGUGCUCAGUAAGUGGCAUGGCCAGAAGUUAAGACCAAAGGGUUGAGGUAUUGAUGUGCCACUAAACAAGAUGUUUUACCCGAUGGGUAGUUAAGAUAAACCACAACGCCUCGGCUUUGCUUUGUAAACAGUCAACUGAACUGGUUCACCAUCCUGCCCCCCCCCCCCUCACCCCUCCACCCUUCUCCCCCCUUCCUCGGUGGUAUUUAACCAUCACAGGAUUACAGUCUCAACAACUGAAUAAGUGCAGAGGCUUUAAAUAUAUCUCAUUUAAGUUUUUUUGUAGAAGAGCGCUCCACAAUCUCUAUAUGGACGAAUCAAAUGAAAAUAACGAGUCCCAAUGCCAUUCUGUGUAACAACUGGCAGGGGUCAGGUAGAGUUUAAAUUUUUCACCUUUUAUAAUAUAUUUUAUUGAAUGUUAACCACAGUACUUUUGCGAUGUAACAGGUUGAUAAGAUAUGAUGUAUUGACUCUUUUUUACAUGAACCAUUAAGUUAAGAUUUUAAAUCAAAGUCAGAUUUUAUUGGGUUUCAACUAUGAAGUUGAGUGUCUCAACUUUAAUGUUCUUGUCUAACGUCCAUUAAUAAUUUCCAUUAAUGGAGGUGCUGUUCGUCAGCUGACCUUGUCUAGGUGUACAUUUACGUUCUUGGUUUGGCUUUUACACUCAAAAUUUGAUUGUUUUAUCGAAAGCAUUAAAUAAUAUUUCGUUCAUCCGUGAGAUCCUCGUGAAAGUGCCUAGGUUAGGGUUCUGUUGACGAUCGAUGAAUGUUUAAUCUUCCAAGGUCAGUUGGCCUCUGCAUGCUUACUCAUGCCUGCCGAUAGCGAAUUAUAAAGUUAAGUUAAUCAGAGUCAGUCAGAAUCAGAGUUGUUAAACCGAACAGAGGUGAGAAAUGUUAAUCCGCUGCUAGCAGAAUUGUGGCGGAGCAAAGAGAAUGAUAAACAU